AUGCAUCACGCUUUACCGCCGCGAAAGUCGUCCAAAGCUCCUCCUUUUGCUCUGCGCACCUCGAAUCUGUCCCUGCAACGUCGGCGGCAGCUGAAGACUUUAGGGAUAAUUGUAUUUGCGCUGAUAUUUGUACUUGUUGUACUCUCGCGAUUCUUCUCGUUCUCUGUCAGUGAACAGAUUGCGGCUGUGAUCCCUUCGGGAAUUGCGAAUGUUGUUCUAGUCACUUUGUUCGAUAGGCAGGUUUUGAGUGACCGAUAUGCACAAUGGAUUCAAAGCAAUCGAGAAGAUUAUGCAUCGCGACAUGGGUACGCGACAUUUUUCGCGAACACCUCCGAUUACCUAUACACUCUCGAUGAGAAAACACCACGAAGCUGGGUCCAAGUCCCCGCCGUUCGCCACGCCAUGGCUGAAAAUCCGCACUCGACAUACUUCUUCUUCCUCGACUCCCAUGCUUUCAUCAUGGACCCUACUGUCCCCUUAACGUCGCAUGUCCUCGAACCGAAACGCCUUGAAUCGCUGAUGAUUAAGGAUCAGCCGGUCGUACCUCCGGAUAGCGUCAUUAAAACAUUCUCGCAUCUUACGCCAAAAGAUGUAGAGCUCAUUAUCACACAGGAUGGUGAGGACUUGGUUCCGGGGAGCUUUAUAAUCAAACAAGGGCCUUGGGCCAGAUUCUUUUUAGACGUAUGGUAUGAUCCGUUAUAUCGUUCAUAUAACUUUGCGAGAGCGGAGAAACAUGCAUUGGACCAUAUCGUGCAAUGGCAUGCAACGAUCCUCGCAAAACUAGCCCUUAUACCUCAGCGGGUAAUCAACUCAUAUAGUAAAGAUUCCCCCGAUGUUGCCACGGACGGCACAUAUCAUGACGGUGACUUUGUCAUCCAUUUAAACGAUUGCGACGCUCAAGGUCGGAGCUGUGAGGAAGAGUUGCAACCGUAUUAUUCCAUGUGGCAGAGGAAGACUUCCAACUCGAGGUCAUCAUAG